AUGUCUGGUGAGCAAAUCAUUGAACACAUGGUCCUCUUCAAUAUCAAAGUCGAUGCAGAUGACUCCAAAAUCGACACCAUGAUCGAACGUCUGAACGGCCUCAUCUCUCUGGACUCCGUCCUCCACAUAUCGGCUACCCUACUACUCCCAACCCGCAUCUCAUCAUUUGUCCAUUUCACCCACAUUCUCCACAGCCGUCACAGCUCCAAGGAGAAUCUCGCCGUCUUCACCGACCACCCUAGUCACGUCAGUGUUAUGACGGAAUCUGUAAAUCCUAUCUGCGAGGACAUCAUGGUUGUCGAUUGGGACGUCUUCGAUGGUUUAAACCAACCCAUCAAACUUCAACCAGGAUCGGCGAUUAAGGUGGCGUUCAUGAAGUUGAAGGAGGGUAGUACUGCAGGGAAGAAGAAGGAGGAGAUUUUGGGUAAGCUCGGAGGGUUUAAGGAGAUAAUUUCAUCUAUUGAUCAGACUACUUGUGGGGAAAUCCUCUCUCCGGCGAGGGCUAGAGGAUAUUCUAUUGCUAUGAUUUUAGUUUUUCCUGGUCUGAGUAAAUUGGAAAGUUCGUUUUCAGAUAUGAUGCGGGAGAAUGCCCACAAGGUGGCUGUGACGACCCCGACUGUGAGAGAUUUGUUGGAUGACUAUCUCACAGUAGAAUUCGUGGUUCCCCGUCGGGCCUUAGCCAAUAAUUAA